AGUGGCAUGCGAGUUCAGUUCACAAAUUGCCUGUGAAAAUUCUCAACCAAUCUCCCGGAAAAUCGCCUUUUUCGCCGGGAAAUACAUGAAAAACACAGCCGAGACAUGAGGAUUGCAGCACUGCUCCUCAUCGUGGCCCUGGUGGGUGACGCGACAUGGGCUCAACAGGCGGGAGACUUUGAGGACAAUGAUUUCGCUGAGUUUGAGGAUUUCGACGAUGACUUCGUGACUGUGAGUCCGGGAGCGCCCGCGGCUGGCCAGGCGAGCCAGAAGAAGGAACCUGAGCCUGUGAAUGGGGACUUCAAGGAGAUCGAUGCCGAUGACGGCGAUGAAGCGGUGGUGGAAGAUGAGGAAAGUGAGUUUGAGCACUUCCACGAUGAGGAGGAGUUUGAGGGCUUCCCGGGCGGAGAGGCGCCUCCCAGCGAGGGCGCUUCGCUGGACCCGAAGGCCGGUGAGCCGAAGCUCACGAUGGCCAAGGUGCCGAUGCACUUCCGGACGCACUGGGACUCGUACUGGAUGGAGAUGAUCAUGAUAGCCGGAUUGCUGGCGUACUUCUCGAAUUUCUUCAUGGGCAAGAGCAAGAACACGAAGCUGGCCAAUCUCUGGCUCUCCACGCACCGCAGCCUGCUGGAGGAGAACUUCGUGUUGGUGGGCGACGACGGGAAGCUGGAGAACGAGUCGCACGGGCUGAUCAAGGAGAGCGAGAGCACGUUCACGCUGUGGUGCAGCGGCCGCACGUGCUGCGAGGGCAUGCUGGUGGAGCUGAAGAUGAUCAAGCGGCAGGAUCUCGUGGCGAUCAUUGCCGGACUGCUGCGACCCAACCAGGAUCAGGUGCACGUGAAGAUCGAAAUGAGCAGAGACGUGAUGGACACGUUCGUGUUCUGCGUGGCGACCAAGAAGACCGCCACGAAGAUGUUCAAGGAGCAAUCUGACCUCAGCAAGUUCUGCACUCUAGUCAACAAGUCCGAGGACAAGUACAAGGUUCCGCUGGGCUUCUGUGUCCUGUCCGAGCUGCCCGAGGCGUCGUCGGGCGUGCUGGACUCGCGCCUUAUCGCCGCACUCAACAAGUACGCGCCGCUCAUUGAGUACAUCCACGUGUCUGACCAGUUCUGUGGCGUCGUGCAGCAGGAGGAUCCGGCCAACCUGAAGCAGCCAGAGGUGAAGCGCAUGCUGAUGGCGGGCUUCAAUCUGCCGCCCAACAUCGACAUGGAGACCGCGAAGCCGCUGCUCGUGCUUGUGUUCUACCUCAUGGAGCGCCUGAAGCGCUUCCGGCUGUCCAAGGAGUCGAAGGCGAAGGCGGACAAGAACCGCGCCCGCGUCGAGGAGCAGUUCCUGAAGAACACGCACGCGGCGCGCGCCGAGGCGGCCGCGCAGCGUCGCGAGGAGAAGCGCAAGGCGGAGAAGGAGCGCGUGAUGGCGGAAGAUGAUCCGGAGAAGCAGCGGCGCUGGGAGAAGAAGGAGCAGAAGCGCCAGGCGAAGAAGAAGGCGCCCAAGAUGAAGCAACUCUCCAUCAAGGCGCUCUGAACAACCCAAUUUCGACUCUAACUCUCCAGUCGGAGGAUUUUCGCUAGAGAUUCCGCAUAUCG